AGGUCAAGGGACUGAGUGAAGGAUUGGGGUCGAGAGAUGUACCUACACUAGUAUCUUGGGGCUACCAAUCCUCGAUAUCCUUAUGUCUUGCCGAGUAGAUACCUAGUUAUGUGGACGGGAGGUAUCCGAGGAAGCGUCUCUGGGGCAGUGGCAGCCCGGGCAGCCAGGGCACCUAGCUCAUGGGAAAUGUUCCGAAUUCGAUCGUUCGGCUCAGUUCCCUUGGCUCGCAGGGCAAAGAGCGCACAAUCUCGGGGACCGCAUCAGAGUAACCUAACCGGGGCAGGUACCAUGUACUGACGAAUUCAGGGUGCAAUCCGCACCGAAUCCGCAGUGGGCGUGGUGCUGUGGCCAGUCCCGAAUGGCCCGGGGUGGUUGAACUCCCGAUCCGAUGGAGCUCAAAGCUCCACCG